AUGGCCACUAACUGCACCGGCGGCUACCUGACAGUGGAGCCAGCCCCACCCUUCCUCCUGGGCUCAGAGCUGACGGUGUACUGCCACACCACACAGGCAACAUGUCACAGCAGAUUGGCCCUGGAGCUCAACCACCAACUGUUGCAGCACGAGGAAAGAGUAAGCUGCAGCAUGGCAAAAAUCAAACUGGCCAACAUCCACAGGCCAAAAUCCAUCCUGCUGUGCAAUCUUAUGACAGACGGGCAUUUGAAGGUUGUCUGUGGACUUGAUCUCACCGGUGGAUUGCCUCCUGAUAAACCCACAGAUAUUAGCUGUGAGACGUCGUGGCACUCAGAUGUAAUAGACUGCACGUGGAACAGGGGACAGGAAACAUACCUGCUCACUACCUUCAACAUCUCAGUCACCAGGGAAAAUGGAAGCCAAGUGCAUUACAACUCGACACGGAGCACGGGAGAAUUCACAAUGCCAAAAACAGGGUUGGAUGACAGUGAGAAGUACCUGCUGACUGUCACCGCCAGCAACCACUUCGGCAUGUCGGAGUCAGAGCCCUUCAUCCUCCGCACAAAGGAUAUCGUGAUACCAGAGACCCCCUAUAUUGUGCAGAUAGAUUUUUAUAACAACUCAGUGGGGACUACGUUGCACUGGAAAAGCCCAGAGUCUUCACAGCAUCUCAGGUCCUACGUUAGGCUCAAGACAGAAAAUGGAUCGUGGGCAGCGGGACAGGGAACAGAGCUCAGUGAGGGCUUGGUAAGCCUGGAGGGCCUGCAGCUUCUGACACAAUAUGAGUUCCAGAUCAGAGUGUGUAGACUUACAAAGACUGAGAGACCCGCCGCCACACCCAGCUCCACCUUCUCAAACAAACCCGUCUCUAGGGAGAGCCCCCUCUGCAGCAAAUGGAGUCCGUCGUACAGGAGGAAAAGCCCAGGCAAAGGUCCGUCUCAGCAGUUAACUAUCUGGAGGUUGUUAGGAGACAAGGAGGCAAACGGGCUGCAGGAUGUGACUGUUUUCUGGAAGCCCUUGUCUCCAGAUGAUUUCAGUGGCGAGGUGCAGUGGUAUGAAAUAAUCCUGGAUCCGGGUCUGAACCAGAAGGUCAGGUGUCCAGCUGCAGUAAGCCAAUGUUCAGUCCAGGUGUCACCAAGGGUCCAGGCGCUGAGCGUCAGUGCUGUCACCUCAUACGGAAAAUCUCCACCUGCUACCAUAAUGUUCAGAUACUCAGGUGCUUCUGGGCCUGCUCUAAGAAGGCUGGCCCCUGCAGGCGAUGACAGUGUGGUGCUGUCCUGGUCUCGGCCUAAGACUGAGCAGAGCGCAGGGUCUGCAGGAGAGCUGUUAGGCUAUGUCCUCGAAUGGACGAGUAAACCUACAGAGCUACACUGGCAAACGGUGUCCAAAGGUCAAACCACCACGUCUAUUACAGGUCUGACCGCAGGUGUAAGGUAUAAUGUCUCUUUGUAUGCUGUGACGACCAGGGGCGUGAGCAGUCCAUCAUCUGGCCUGGUCUACUCUAAAGAGGAAGAACCGUUAUCUGGUCCAAACGUGUCAAUACUGGUCCACGAGGCCACACGGGUCCUGAUCGAAUGGGAGGAGCUGGCUGUUGACCAGCAGAGAGGCUUCAUCACGAGCUACACCAUCCAUCUGCGAAGCUCAGCCUCCGGCCACACCAAACAGCACAGUAAGGCGACGGUGACUGACUCUGGACCCCGGCAGAUGUGGCUCAACUGUCCCGAGGGGACUCUUUCCCUCUUUAUGUCUGCUUCCAACUCAGCGGGAGAGGGUCCACCAGGGAUCUCAGUCUCCUCUCUGCCUGCAGACCCUGCAGUUGACGUGGUGUCUGGCCUUAUCAUCACUGCCCUCGUCAUGAUGGUGAUGGCCAAAUUGGUGUGCUGGAGUUGUGUGAAGAAAAGGAUUAAACAGAACUGUGUAUCCUUGGGACCUGCCUGCCUUGCUGAUAAGUUACCAAAACUUGAAAAUAGUUAUGCUAUCAAGCAACUGAAGGAAGGAAGCAUCUGCAACUCCUAUUGGUCUUUCAUUCAUAGUGAUCCUCUCCUGUCCCCCAUCGAUGAGAUCACCGAAGUGGAGAGGGAGGGGCUGUAUCCCAUUAUCCAGACAGAUGGGUUCAACAAUGAGCCAGGACAGUUCCCGAUGAAUGAAGCACCUCAAACAACAGACACGGGGACCAUGCCAACGGAAAGGCUGCUGGAGCUACAUGUGAGCUAUAUGCCCCAGAUAGCGGCCUCAGCUCCACAGCAGAAGGAAGAAAAUGAGGCAAAGCGGAGGGAAGAGAAAAAGAAUUAUAUUGCAGCCUGUGAGCUGGGACACAAAAGCUCCUCUGCAUCUGGAGGACUAUGGAGAAGUUGCUUCUCCACUGUGGAGAUGGACCUCUCCAGUUCAUCUCUAGGAACGACUCAAAGCCCUUUGAAUGACCUUUUGGGGACUGAUGCUCCAGGAUUAGAAAGUCUUCUCUGUACAGAGGACUUUCUCAGGGAAAAUAGGACCACGAGUGACGUGGAGAAGGACACUGCUUCCCUGGAUUUACAGCAGGAUGAGAAAUCGACAUCAGAUGAGACAGCUAGUUGUCAGCUUCAGUUUGAGGCAACACUGACCAGCAGCUAUUUCCCCCAGCUAGCCAUGCACAACGUCUGCCAAAAUUAG